GAUAAAGAUAUAUAGAUCAAAUAUGAUUUGUAUUAGCAUUAUUGUUUUUAUUUUCCUUAAACAUCAGCGCUUCAGCAUCUCCAUCGCGGAAAUGAUCCGACAGGAAAUAACCAGUAGAAGACGACGAAGCGGAAACCGGAAGUGUUGCGGGGGGGACGCGGCAGCGGGUGGCAUGGCGGAGGACGAGGCCGCGGGGCACGGAGAGCAUCUCUCGGCCGAGGACUACGCCGCCGAGGCCAUGGCCGCCGACAUGGACCCCUGGAUCGUCUUCGACGCCCGCAAAACGCCCCGAGCCGAGUUCAGCAGCUGGCUGGAGUCCAACCGGCCCUCGCAGGUCAGCCGCUGUGGGGCCGGGGGGCCGGUGGGCUGGAUCGCGGUGCGUGGGCCGCAGUACUGCGAGGAUGCCGGAGACGUGGAGGGGCUGCAGGACAGCUGGGAGACGCUGCAGGAGAGCGGGCGCCGCGUCAGCUUCCACACCAUCAGAGAGCUGGCGCUCAAUCACAGCGUGCUCUACGGCAAGUGGCUGAUGCACCUGGACACGGGCUUCAAGGUGGACCGCGCCUGGGAGAGCAUCGCCAGAGCCGCGCUCGACGGCAAGAUCGACUCAGCCAAAGUGAGUCCCAGAGACCCGCGCUCCGAUUCCAGACACGUCAUCUGCGUCUACAACCAGAACUUCACCGAAGAGGAGCAGGUGAUGCGUCUGGACGCCGUCAUCCGCACCGCCGGCGUCAAGUGCGUCCUCUACUACAAACCCGACGUCUACUCGUACCUGGGCAUCUACCGCAACAACCGCUGGAAGAUCUGCCCCACCAUCUACGAGAGCAUGUUCGACCUGGAGAGCGUUCCUCGCCGCUCGCACAUCAUCAACAAGGUCACCAGCCAGGAGCUCACGUGAAGCUCCUCCGGUUCCUGCCUGAACGCCUGUUUGUUUUCCUUUUCGUUCGUAACUGCACUUUUGGAGGACAUUUGACUUGUAGAAACGUUCUGUUGUGUUACCGAUGUCAAGCAGUGACGGUGAAACUGCAUGCCGACGUGUGAGCAUACAGCCGAAAUGUUGAAGGGCUUUGAGAUAUUUGAGUUAUUCUUUUAAAACAUUUUAUAUUCAACAAGGUUGGUUUUGUUCAUUUUGCCAAAUAAAUAUGGGACUUUUCAAACAGUGAUUCUCUGUGCAAUAAAGCAGUUAUUCGCCUUAAUUAUAGCUCAGAUAAUAAAGGGUUAGUGCAGUUCAUUUGUGCACAACGCAGAUCCUCCUCAAAUCGUGUCAGGACAGGAGAUUUGCACUGCAGUCUGAGAUGAAAACUCAGAAAUAUGAGGAAAGAAAUCAGAAUUGAGAGAUGUAAACAAAAUUAUAGUUAAGAAAGCAGAAUUGAGAGAUGUAAACAAAAUUAUAGUUAAGAAAUCAGAAUUGAGAGAUGUAAACAAAAUUAUAGGAAAGAAAUCAGAAUUGUGAGAACUCAGAACAACACAAACGCUGAAUUACGGGGAAAAAAAAAUCAGAAUUGCAAGAUGUAAACUCCAAAUUACGAGAAGCCAGAAAAACAAGAAAAGUCAGAAUUGCAAGUUGUAAACUGAGAAUUACAAGAAAAAUAUC